AUGGAAAAUGAUGAUCACACCUAUGAGGCACUGGCGAUAUGUGUCUGUUAUAAGGGCUUCACAUACGACGGAAGAGGAAUGUGUAUAGUAACGCAUAAUUACAGCAAGCCAAUCAAUUUUACAAUGAAAAUCUUCACCGUAUUUACCUUGUCGUCAGGCCUACUGUACUGCUUGUGCGAACCUUCAGACUUAUUUAAUACCUUUUUAAACGAUCAAAACCCAUUAUCAUGGCACCCACCAUCCACUGACCAUGGUGAUCAGCCGCCAUUUAAAUACCCAUUUGCAUUUGCCAACACAGGUAGGUUCAGCGGAGGCUGGACUCGACAGGUCACUGUACGGGACCUACCCAUAGCCAAAGCCAUGGCAGGGGUACAGAUGCGACUGGUAAGGGGUGGCGUACGUGAGCUGCAUUGGCACGCGUGCGCCGAGUGGGCCUAUAUGAUCCAGGGCACUUGUCGUAUUACCGCCGUCGACGAGCAAGCUAGGGCAUUUGUUGAUGACGUAAACGAAGGCGAUCUGUGGGUAUUCCCGGGCGGUAUACCCCAUAGCAUACAGGGUGUGGGCGAUGACGGGUGCUUUUUCCUGCUAGUAUUUAACGAUGGUAAUUUUGACGAGUUUGACACAUUUCUACUGACCGAUUGGGUCAGACAUUUACCCGUCGAUGUAUUGGCCAAAAACUUUGGAGUCCCGGAGUCCACGUUUACCAACAUUACCCGCGAAGAUAUGUAUAUCUUUGCCUCACAAAUGCCCCGCGGGUUACAGGAGGAACAGGAGGCGUCGGCCAGAGGUACGGGGUAUGUGCCCUCCUCUUACGCCUACUUUGCCAGUCAAAUGCCGGCUAACGUCACCCGAACCGGCGGUUUUGUUAAGUUGAUUGACAAACGCAACUUCCCGGUGACUACAAUGGCCGCCGCUAUUGUCACCCUAAAGGCCGGUGCCCUCCGAGAGUUGCAUUGGCACCCGAACGGACCCGAAUGGAACUACUUUCUGAAGGGUAGGGCACGGAUGGGUGUGUUCGCCGCGGGGGGUAAACACCGCACUAUGAACUUUGAAGAGGGAGAUGUGGGCUAUAUUGAACAGUCGGCCCCGCAUUAUAUCGAGAAUAUAGGCACCGAUGAUGUGGUGUUCAUCGAAGUGUUUCCGACCGACACUUUUCACGACAUAUCGCUCGCCGAAUGGUUAGCCCACACGCCGUCCAGACUUGUUGACGAACACCUGUUCACCGGCGAGGCCUUCAUCGAUGAUCUCGACGAACAAAACUUACAAUCGGUAAAUGGAGUCAAAACCGACCAGGGUGGUCAGCCACCGUUCAAAUACCCAUUCUCAUUCGCCCGGACGGCCACAUUCACCGGUGGCUGGAGUCGACAGGUCACUGUCCGGGACCUACCCAUUGCCAAAACCAUGGCUGGCGUACAGAUGAAACUGAACAAGGGCGGCGUACGGGAGUUGCAUUGGCACGUAAGCGCAGAGUGGGCCUAUAUGCUCCAGGGCACUUGCCGUAUCACUGCCGUCGACCAGAAGGGCCGGGCAUUUAUCGAUGACGUGCAUGAGGGUGAUUUGUGGGUAUUCCCCGGCGGUAUACCCCAUAGCAUACAGGGUGUGGGCGAUGACGGUUGCUUUUUCCUGUUGGUGUUUAACGAUGGUAAUUUUAACGCGUUUGACACAUUUAUGCUUACCGAUUGGAUGCGCCACAUACCGCUUGACAUACUGGCCAAAAACUUUGGGGUCCCGGAGUCCACGUUUGGCAACAUUACCCGCGACGAUAUGUUUAUAUUUGCCUCACAAAUGCCCCGCGGGUUAGCCGAAGAGAGACAGGCGGUGGGUAAAGGCACGGGUCAUGUGCACCAGUCGUACGCCUGUUUUGCCAGCAAAAUACAGGCCAACUUUACCCGAACGGGCAGUUCGGCCAAAUUGAUUGACAAACGCAACUUCCCGGCCACUACUAUGUCGGCGGCUAUUAUCACCCUAAAGCCCGGUGCCCUCCGCGAGUUGCAUUGGCACCCGAACGGACCCGAAUGGAAUUACUUCGUGAAGGGUAGGGCACGUAUGGGUGUGUUUGCCGGGGGUGGGAGGGCCCGCACCAUGAAUUUCCAAGAGGGAGAUGUGGGUUAUAUUGAACAGUCUGUCCCGCAUUAUAUCGAGAAUAUCGGUACCGAAGAUGUGGUGUUUAUCGAAGUGUUUCCGACCGACACUUUUGCUGACAUAUCGCUCGCCGAAUGGUUAGCCCACACGCCGUCCCGACUCGUCGACCAACACCUGUCCACUGGCGAGCAUUUUGCCAGCAAAAUACAGGCCAACUUUACCCGAACGGGCAGUUCGGCCAAAUUGAUUGACAAACGCAACUUCCCGGCCACUACUAUGUCGGCGGCUAUUAUCACCCUAAAGCCCGGUGCCCUCCGAGAGUUGCAUUGGCACCCGAACGGACCCGAAUGGACUUACUUCGUGAAGGGUAGGGCACGUAUGGGUGUGUUUGCCGGGGGCGGGAGGGCCCGCACCAUGAAUUUCCAAGAGGGUGAUGUGGGCUAUAUUGAACAGUCUGUCCCGCAUUAUAUCGAGAAUAUAGGCACCGAUGAUGUCGUGUUCAUCGAAGUGUUUCCGACCGACACUUUUGCCGACAUAUCGCUCGCCGAAUGGUUAGCCCACACGCCGUCCAGACUCGUCGACCAACACCUGUCCACUGGCGAGCAGUUUAUUGAUGGCAUUCAGAAGACUAAAGCUCUUAUUAGGCCCUAG